UUUGCUUUUUGAUCAGCAGCCGCCUAAUACGAACCACAGCCAAACACCCAACAUGUCACCCCAAAGAUACCCCAUGUAUGAUGAUUCAAAUAGAAGAGUAUCGCAUACUUCGCACGACGUAUCUAGCGACUCAGGGUCAAUGGACGGUCCACGCAGCUCAUGGUCCACCCAGCCCUCACAAUUUGUUUUUGUCAAAACGAAUGAUCACAAACCUAUGGAUAGGUCACCAUCGAACCCUGAACAAAGCCACUCACCCCAUCAAGCGAAUGGAAAGUACAUUUUACCCACCAGUUAUGCCUCUACAUCUGCAUCUCCAUACAGUCCCGAGCAGUCUGCCAGUGCCAAUUCUUUUCAAACCGUUUUUGAAAAGUUUCCCUCGGUGCCUAUCCCUCCAGAAAUCCGUCCAGCACCAUCAGACCGUGUACCCGCUAGGGAUUUCGCCAUAAGAAUUGCGCCGAAACGGCCCAUAGAGUCUGAUCCAGAUAUCAAACUGGCUAAAUUGUCGUCUCGUACUGUCACUGGCGAAAAUGUUGCCGAGAACAAUAUUGUCGAUGGCUACGUUCAGUUCGUUUUUGCUCACGACCCAAUGUAUGCCUCGGACGAUACAGAUAGUAUCAUUUAUCUGAAGAAGAAGAUUCUAGCUACUCCCAAGACACAAGAUUUGACAUAUUCCGCUUGGGAUAUUUAUGCUCUAGUUUUGAAACUGCAUGUUCAAGAGCUCAAGAAUUGGUCACAACUUGUUGGUGAACUCGGUCACACAGACAUUUCUACUCGACCGCAGUUUGCGCAACGUAUUAAGCGAUGGAUGCAAAAAUACAAAAUUGAUCGAUAUUUUGAUUACCUCCUCGGCAAUCCAUACAGCUACGAUGCUCCGAGCUCCAAGUUCAGUGGUUGUCUUACUAUGGGAACCAACCACAGAAGAAAACUCGUCAAUAAAUCGGAUGCCGAUGAAGCCGACCUUUUAACGCCAGAUGGUGAUGCCGACUCUUUGUCCUCUCCCAACAAACGACGCAAACUUAAAGAUCGAUACGAAAAGCACGAAUACGACGAAGCAGAUAUACCAGUUGUAGAAGAUGGAGAAGAAGGUCACGCAACAGGAGAAGAAAGUUCCAUUAAGAUUGGUGCGAGCUCGGAUGUUGAGGAAGAAGAAGGUCGCGUGGUCGUUGCUGGUAGUCGCAAACGUGCUAGAGGAGCCUUACCGAAGAACGUGAUUUCCAACCGACCGAAAUCGAGCCCUGGAUUUGUCGCUGAUGACGAAGAACAAAGCGGCGAAGACAGUGACAUAGAACGAGACUCUGACGAGGAUUCUGAGGUAGACGAGGAGGAUGAAGACGAUGAAGAAGGGCAUGAAGAAGGCGAUGAAGACGAUGAGGACGACGGCGAUGAAGAAGCAGAGGUUGAACAGGUUGAAGGCAUAGUCGAAGAUGAUCCCAUCAAGUCUAAAAAGUCCAGCAAGCAUGAUGAUCAACUGCACGAAGAUGAAGAAGAUGAGCUUAAUUCGUCUGCGUCAUCGGCUGCUGGUUCUCCACGAUGGACUCCGUCUGAUCUCAAAUCCUUGACUGUUUCUCAAACGCGACAACCACCUACACAGUCAUCCUUGGACCACUUGUCCAGUCUACCGGAAUCCCCCAAACCUGUUUCCUUAGAAUCUGCUGGCCAACUACCCUCUCCUAAACCGUCCACUGAAGGAGUUGACCAUAAUAUGAGAUCGCAGACAUCAGCAAGUCCUUCAUCCACCAUGGCUCUUGACGAUGUUGGAAUCAAGAACAAUGGUGCCAGUGAUGUGAAGACGCAUACACGCGAUCUUAUAUCUCUUGAAAACACCAACCUGGAGGAGAUGAUAAUAGAGCCUGUCGCCUGUCUUAACUGUGGUCAUGAUCAACCGCAGGCCACUCAGUUACAGAAGGAAGUUCAAUCACUUCGUCGCAUGGUGAACUCCUUAUAUGACCAACUGGACAAACAGGCGAUAGAGCAUCGUCAAAACUUUGAGCAAUUGGCACGACGUGUGAGUAAGAAGGACGCUGAGAUUGAGCGCUUCCAAGCCUGGCGACGCCAAGUCAUUGAUACCUUUCUUAGUGGUCCUUCUUCAAACGAAUCUUAGGCUCCAUUUCCUUUAUUUUUCAUAGCCCCCACUCAUCCUCAACCGUCUUCAUCCCAACAUUGUUUAUAUCUGAAGCCUCACAUCAUCUCCCCUCCCAUGUAUCUUCUCGUUUAUUCCACUGUCAUGUUACUCCAUUAUUCUCUUCCUCGUGUAUAGUUUCUUUCACUUGGGUCUUUUUGACCUUGUGCUAAUACUAGUGCUUUUUGCGUUUUUUCCUUGAGCCAAAUGCUAUAGCAAUCUGCUUAUAAAGUGGUUCAUCACAUAAAAGCGAGUGUGCGCAUUCUGUACGUUAUUUGACAAUCAACGUACUGUUAUGCUAUGUUCUAUGA